AUGUUUCCGCUGUACAAAAACUUGGAACGACAUUUACGGUGCGUGGAUGAGUUUACCCGCCGGUGCAUGACGCCUGAUCAACGCGGAGCCUUUUACUCGCUGUACACCGUUCCAACGUUAGACAUGCAAGAGCUGUGUACUGAGGGUAGCCCUUAUAGGGAGGAAUACUUGAAACACGCCGCUUGUCUGCGAACCGUGCAUACCGAGUACGUCCAGUGUGGACGUCGACACCAAUCCGAAUUGGCCUCCUUAAUGAUUGAUCAGGGGCAGCAUACCGGAAACGAUGGAACUGUAGCUUCGACCGCGUCACCAAUUGCGAGCGCCGAACAGAUAACACAGAACCUGGCCCGCCUGUGUGGAUCAUUCAGAGGACAUUUGCAGUGUGUACACGGAAUUGUCCGAGCCACUUGUGGCCAGCAGACCGAAGAGUUCGCCAGUCAAUUUCUUAGUCAAAUGGCAUCUUCGCUUUUGAACAUCUGUGACAAGUACGGGAACGGAGUCAACGGUGAUGUAUCUCGGUCUCCAUCAUCCAGUGCCGUCCGGACUACCGGAAAUAUGGCCACGAGAUUAGUGGCUUUACAGACAACGAUCGUUAUGGCAUUUUCGUUUCGGYAAUGGUGAUGAAUUCUGGCAGCCAUCAGACAUCCACGAUGUUCAUUUUAAACAAAAGCUAUAAAUGCCGCCUCGCCAUAAUUCUAUAUACCUACCUACUAUAUGAUUAUUCUUGCCUACAUUAGAUCAUAACUAUAUAGAUGAUUAUUAUUAUUAUUACUAUUAAAUUAUUUUCACUAUACUAUGUUUAUUAGGUAUUAAUUUAUUAUUGUUACUAUUCCUGAUAUGUCAUACUACUGCGUAUAAUGUGAAUCGUACUGUGAUGUGUAUUAUUUCGGGAGUGUUAAUUAUUAUUUGAUAUUAUUAUUAGGCAUAUUAUAGUUUGUUUUGUUUGUUUGUAUUCUCGCAAUKUUAUAUUGCGGCAGUUUUAUUWWAAAAAAAUAGUGAAUAAAAUAAAAAUUKUAUUUUGCUUGGUUUA